CCCAGCUUGGGCCGAGGCGCAGCCGCAGCCGGCAACGGGGGCCGUUGCCCCCUGUGGGCCUGCCGCAGCCGCCAACAUGGUGUCCCCGGUCACUGUGGUAAAGAGUGAAGGGCCUAAACUGGUCCCUUUCUUCAAGGCCACCUGCAUCUACUUUGUGCUGUGGCUGCCAGCCUCCAGUCCCUCCUGGUUCAGUGCGCUCAUCAAAUGCUUGCCCAUCUUCUGCCUCUGGCUGUUCCUGCUGGCACAUGGACUUAGCUUCCUGCUUGCCCACCCCAGUGCCACCCGAAUCUUCGUAGGACUCGUCUUCUCUGCUGUGGGUGAUGCCUUCCUCAUCUGGCAGGACCAGGGCUACUUCGUGCAUGGACUGCUGAUGUUUGCAGUGACCCACAUAUUGUAUGCUUCAGCCUUUGGCAUGCAGCCCCUGGCCCUGCAGAGAGGCCUAGUGAUAGCAGUGCUUUCUGGACUCUGCUAUGCCCUCCUCUACCCCUAUCUGUCUGGCCCUUACAUCUACCUAGUGGGAGCCUACGAGGCACUCAUUGGUUUCAUGGGCUGGAGGGCUAUGGCAGGCCUGCGACUGGUCGGGGCACACUGGCGCUGGACAGAACUGGCUGCGGGCAGCGGAGCCCUUCUCUUCAUCAUCUCUGACUUGACCAUUGCCAUCAACAAGUUCUGCUUCCCUGUCCCCUACUCUCGAGCAGUCAUCAUGGCCACCUAUUAUGCUGCACAGAUGCUCAUUGCACUUUCUGUUGUAGAGAGCCGAGAUCUGGGUGGGAACUUGGGGUUGAGCAAGGUGGACUGAGCUGGGCAGGGGGCCAGGGUCGUGGUAACCCAAAGCCCUCCUGCCCUUUUCCCCCCCUCUUCUCAGCAGUGGGUCCCAGGUCCCAGGUCCCAGGCAUUUUCUGGAAUGGGGCAGAAUAUCUGGAGCUCCAUCCCUGGACUGUGAGAGGUGCUGAAAUGGGCCUGGAUUCUGGGUAUCUCCAGGGAAGAUGAUCUUUACCAGCACAAUCUUUGGAGGGGAGCCCAAGAAUUGGGAACUGGACAAAUAGAGAUGGUUUGGAAUGGGAGGGCAAUCAGGGAGGCCUCUCCUCCUUGGGCCUGUUGGAGGCCCCUGUGGGUCUCAGCUGUUUUGUUCUUUUCUCUGGCAUAGGGCAGGGAGAAGGGCAGGAGUACAACUCUGUGUCCCCUUAGGAUGUGUGGCGACAGAUGGAAAGACUGGGGCCUUCCAGACAUCACCCCACCUCUUUUGUUUAAACUGGUAAAGGGUGCAUCCUCAGAUCCAGAACUCAUGGAGAAGGAGGAUUCUGUGCGAAGAGGUGGCUGGGGACGGUACUACCCUACCCCAAUUUUAGGUCACUCUUGAGAAGGUGGUGGGCUUGUCUUAAUAUUGGCAGCCUUCAGGCUGCUUCUUUUAUACUUGAACAAGUUCUUGGGAGAGGACCCUCAGCCUGGGGAAGGAGUCUGCUCUGGCCUGAAUUCUUCCUGGUGCUCUUUCAAGGUUGCUCUCCCUACAGCUGGACUCCCUGCUCUUCUAAGCCUGAGCCGUCCUGUCCUCUCCUCCUCUGGAGAAGCUGACAGACAGUCCACCUGUCUUCUCGGGUUGGGCCCGAGGAGCAGAAGGACCUGGGCUUCCCAUUCUAGUGCUGUAGGCCUAGUGGUCUGUGUCAGCUCAUAUCAGGGAGGGACAGCAGCCAAAAGAAGGGGAUCUUUUUACUCUUUCAUGGGUUCCCUCUGGCAGGACCCCUCUUUCUGGGUCUGUUUCUUGUUUCUUGACUUGGACAGCAACACUAGAAGUUAUCUUUCUCCAGGCCUACCCCAAGCUGUAAUCUGGAUGAAUGCACUUGGGACUUUUUUCUCUGCUUCCUGUUUCCCUAACCCAGCCCCAAUAGGUUUUCCUUUCUGCCUUCCUCGGGGGCUGAUGGGGGACUAUGUUCUAGUGGCCGUAAGGAAUCCAGGUACUGAGGCACAUUCAAUGCAAAUGGGUAGAGAAGGGUGGGACGGGCUCUGGCUCCAUUGUAUGGAAAACAAUAAAACCAGGGACCUUGUGUCCAUCCUGCUCCAA